AUGAUAGAAUACAACAAAAUCAACAUAUACUAUGGAAACAAGUAUCCCUUCGUAUGUAAAACACUAUUUAAUAUACACAAGGGAGUGAAUGAAAAUCAAAACGCUUGUGGGAAGAAGGAUCAUUCAGUGGAUGACAAGAUAAAAUUUUUGAAGGAAGAAAAUGUGAAAGAAAUCAAGGUGGAAUUUUUAGAGAAUCCGGAGACUGAAGCUGAACCGAAAGCAGAAGGAAAAUGCCAUGUUAUAUACACAAGUGAUAAAUUAUUUGCAAAGAACUUAGACUAUAUAUUGAAAACGAACUUGUAUCAUUCCUUCUGUGAAAAUAACAAAAAAACAGAUAAACUGAUUAGUGUAUAUGUCCAGACACAGUACGACGAAUGGGUGGAUUUUUUUAGGCAUAAACAAGUACAAGAAGAUACAGUAAGCGUAUGUGAUCAUAUUAAUAAGCAUUUACUUUUAAACACUUUCAUGAGUACAGAUUAUUUAACCUUAUCAGAUUUGUAUGUAUUCUAUAAAAUGUAUAAAUAUUUUAAUAUGAGUCAUUUUUACAACAUUAAAUAUUCGAGACAAUUUCGAAAUAUUCAUAGAUGGUUUAAAUUAAUCAAUUCGCUACUAAAUUAUCCAGACAAUGAACUAAAAGAUAUGCUAAAAAAGGAAAUGCUAGAGAAUCAUAUAGAUAUUGUCAGAGAUGCAAAUAGUAUGCAAUUCAUGAAACAGAAAAAUCUAUCUACCUCUUAUUUGGGAAAAUUAGAAAAUGCGAAAAAAGGAAAUGUUAUAACGAGAUUUCCACCUGAACCAUCAGGCUAUUUACACAUUGGUCAUGCAAAAGCUGCAUUUCUAAAUAGCUAUUAUGCAAAAAUGUAUAAUGGAAAAAUGUUACUACGAUUUGAUGACACGAAUCCAGCGCUGGAAGAUAUUAAAUAUGAAACUUCUAUCAUAGAAGAUCUAGAAAACUUGGGAUUAAAAUAUGAAAAAGUUAGCUAUUCAUCAGAUUAUUUUGAAACUUUAGAAGAAUAUUGCAUCAAAUUAAUUAAAAUGAAUAAAGCAUAUGCAGAUGAUACAAAUGUUGAAGAUAUGAGGAAUCAAAGAGGAGAAGGUAUAGAAUCCGUAAACAGAAAUAAUUCAGUUGAACAGAAUUUACAACUCUUUGAUGAAAUGCGUAAAGGAACUGAAAUAGGACAAAAAAAUUGCAUCAGAGCAAAGAUCGACAUGCAAAGUAAAAAUAAAUGUAUGAGAGAUCCCGUAUUGUAUAGAUGCAUAGUAGAUAUGCCACAUCAUAGACAUGGAUUUAAAUUCAAAUGUUAUCCUACGUACGAUUUUGCAUGUCCAAUAAUAGAUUCUAUUGAAGGAGUAACUCACGCAUUGAGAACCAACGAAUAUAGUGAUAGGAUUGAGCAAUAUAACUGGUUUAUUACAACCCUUCAAUUAAGAAAAGUAUAUAUAUAUGAAUUUAGCAGAAUAUCAUUUGUUAAGACUGUUAUGUCUAAGAGGAAACUAAAAUGGUUUGUUGAAAAUAAUAUAGUUGAUGGGUGGAUGGAUCCACGUAUGCCAACUAUUAAAGGUAUUCUAAGAAGAGGAUUAACGAAAGAAGCUUUGUUUCAAUUUAUACUAGAACAAGGCCCAUCAAAAUCAGGAAAUUUAAUGCAGUGGGAUAAAUUGUGGUCUAUUAAUAAACAAAUUAUUGAUCCCAUUAUUCCUAGAUUCGCAGCAGUAGAUAAAAAUAAAGGAGUCAUUUUAAAAUUAACAGAUUUAAAUGAAAAUGUUGUAGAAAAAACCAGAGAUUUACAUGUAAAAAAUAAAGAACUUGGAACAUGUUCCAUGUUUCACACAAAUACCUUCCUCAUAGAAUUGGAAGAUGCAGAAGCUUUAGUAGAAAAGGAGGAAAUUACUCUUAUCAAAUUGGGAAAUGUUAUAAUAAAUACUGUUGUGAAAGGUGAUGACCAUGGUAGUGGUAGUGGUACUACUUCUACCAUUAAAGAAAUUUUAGCAACAUCUAAUUUUAACGGAGAUUUUAAAACCACAAAAAAGAAAAUACACUGGGUUCCUUAUAUACCUAAAAAAUUAUGCUUAUGCACACUAUACGAAUAUGAUCAUUUAAUAACAGUUGACAAAUUCGAAAAUGACAAUAAGGAAGACUGGACAAAAUUUAUUAACCUAAACAACAAACACGAAACCGAAGUAUUUGCUGAACCCGCAUUUGUAUCUGUCAAAGUUUCUGAAAAAUUUCAGUUUGAAAGAAGAGGAUAUUUUAUCGUUGACAAAAUAAUUGACAACCACUUCCAUAUGAUUAAAAUACCCGAUGGAAAAUCCAAAAAUAUGUCAAUCAUCACCACAAAGGUGAACCCGAAAAGUUUGGUUGGUAUUAAUAAGUAG